CCGGAUGGCCACGGCACGCCACAUUUCAGUCCCUUCUCGCUCAACUCCGUCCGCCGCCAAGAUCUGACUUUCACCACUGACCAGUGACCACACCCUCUCCGACACACGAGCUCACUCUCACACCAUCAACCUACAGGUACACACCACCACUCAUGUGUGCGCAGCAGCCACACAGCCCGGGCAACACGGGCGACACAGGACAGCCCGGGGUUGGUCAAUCGGCCGGUCGGCGCGCGCGUGGUGCAGCAAAAAAACCACAUCUCCAGGCUCCGACGCUCUCCGUGCCGGGCCCCCGCGGGGAGAGAAGAGAUGGAGCGAUCGAUGGAUGGAUGACUAGACGAAAAAGCAAAGCUAUAUCGACUUCAAGUUCAAGCGAUGAAUGGCACGCAAUACUGCAACAACUUAACACUGCAACGCUUCAUCUCCCGCGCCAUUCCUGCCAUUCCGCAGCGUCUCCCAAGUUGGAAACCUCUAGAUGCUUCCAGCAUCUAGCAUGCCAGUGUCCAUCCCGAGCAAUCGAGACUUACAAAUUCUCUAAAUGCGCGGCCUCGUAUGGAAACGGUGGUGGCCAUUCCGUUUGCGCCGGCUCUGCUUGGCGCACCUUGGCAGUUCUUGUCCUACGACCCAACGACGUUGGAUCGACUCCGACGCGGGAUGACGGUCGCGGCCGCGGUCGCUCAGCCUGGGACCAGACAUUCCAGACUCCAGAAGUUCCCCAUGGCGCCCAUUCAACCAUCCCAUCAUCCCACUCUGUCGUCCAUUGACCACUCACGGCCCUCUUCCUCUCUGGGUCAUCGCCCCUCUCUGGUCCGCAACUCUGCUACUCCCAAAGUCAGUCACGACACGAGGGCCCAGAGAAGGAGACGCACCCCCAUACCGAGCACUGACAGAGACAUUACAUCGCAUAUGGAGGGGGCGCCGCGACGAUCCAAGCGCGAUGCUGAUCCCGUCUGUCGGUUUUUCUAAUCUGAGCCGCCAAUCGCCCAUCAACCCCGCGCCGGGCGCCCGUCCUCGCGCUCAUCCCGCCAACCCGAAACGAAACGUCGCUCUCCGCGGGUGUCUCGUCUCGAUUACUUCUCUGUGAUCGACUUCUCGGUGCAAUAGCUUUCGUAACCGCCGAAUAUUCCUCCAUCCCGUCCCAGACGUUCUGGUGCCCCCGUCCAUCUCGAGUGAUCUGACACGGUCACAAUCUUGUCAGUGGGGUCGCCAAGCGCUUGGCCUCUUGCGACCGCGCAAGAUGGUGUGGAUCCGGCCAAGUGACGUAGGAGGUUCAACCCAGGAAACGCCCUCCCGUUUCCCGUCUUCUCCC